AUGUUGCUUCUUCUCCGUUCCAGAGCAGCCUUUGUUCGUCCCUCGAGCUCUCGCGCCAAAGUAUCAGCCGCCUUCCUCCAGCUCCCUCCAAACUAUCGCGCAUUCCACGCCUCCCCCCGACCUCAAUUCCUCGAGACUAUUGCCACGCCUGCCCAUCUUCUCUUCCAAGGCUUGCACAGCUUCACCGGCCUACCAUGGGUCUACACAAUUCCUCUCACAGCUAUGACGAUCCGACUCUUGAUAUCCCUUCCACUUUCAAUCUCACAGCGUCGCCUUCAAGAGAAACGGCGGCAAUUGCGACCUUUGGUCCAGGCAUGGCAUCAUCAAUCGCAAAACGAGAGUAUGAAGGAGGUAGGGCAUUUGGGACCUGAAAAGACACACGCGGCGUUUUCGAAGAAGGCUCGCCGCAAGAAAAUCGAGAUCUUGCGAAGACAUGGCUGCGGACAAUUAUCGCUUUUUCGUGCGCCUUUGAUCCAGCUACCAGUAUUCAUGAUGUCAAUUGAGGCAUUAAGAAUCAUGGCCGGGACAAAAUCGGGCCUGCUGGGCUUAAUUGCUCGGACGAUUAUGGGUCAAGAAGCAAUGGGGCUCGAGGAGCGGAAGGGGAGUUUAUGGUUUGAGCCAAGUCUCACCACUGAAGGUGCUCUAUGGUUCAAGGAUUUGACAGUUGAGGAUCCAAAAAUGAUGCUCCCAUUCAUUCUUUCGGGCUCAAUGAUUAUCAACGUGCUAGAAGGUAAGAAGAAGAUGAAGGGCGCCACCGCCCCGACCGUUUGGCAAAAACGAUUCACCAGGAUAACGCUCGCCAUGGCUAUUGCUGCUGGCCCUCUUGUGCUUCAUGUGCCCAGCGGGGUGCUGGUGUACUGGAUAUCCUCGAUGUUAAUGGCUUUUGGCCAGGCUAUUCUACUAAACCGUUUCAUGCCGAACAAGAAGCAGCUUACCACUUGCCAACCGCGACGACCAGUACGUGGUAGUAGUCUUGCCAUGAAGGAUGUUUUUAUUUGA